GACCAACUGGAGCUGGGAAACCCACCCAAAGGCAAUUAAGGGUAAAGGACGACAAAAAUAUUUGAUAAACUUUUUUUCUCCCUCUCUCUCUGUGUCUUGAACGGGGAAGAAGGAGCUACAGGGAUGGCGAUGGAGCUAGAAUGAAAGACCCGACUGUGUCUGGGAGAUAUGUUUCGGAAAAGUUUGUGAGAUAUCCAGAGCGAAGAUUGGAUUUGGACCGCAAGGCAUCCAGCCUGAAAAAGUUGCAAAUCCCCGAGCAAGAAGCAGUCCUCAUCGUGUGGAAACAGCUAGCAAAAGUUGCUGAAGUUACAUCAAAACCUUCUAAGAGGAGGGAUAUUUGCGCAAUGACACGCACAUAGGAGAAAUACAAAAGUUUUGGGAAUAUCUCCGGGAAACUGUCUUUUUCGAGGCGCACCAAGGACGUUAAAAUAGUUACGCAGGGAGAGAUUGUAUCACUCUCUCUGAAUCCUGUCCCUGCUGCCGGAGGGCGAUGGGGGCCGCGCCGGGCUCUGGCUGGGAGGAGGGCGAGUUCGAGUUCAAGUUGGUGUUUGAGGAGGACCCGCCGUCGCGGCAGAGCCAGCGGCCAUCACCGGUGCGCACAGCCGAGCCGGAGAGCACCGUUCCCGGGGAGGAGAGUGAGUGCGCCCUGCUGCACCUGGAAUCCUCCAGCAGCAGCCUGGUUACAGAUAACCACCACUCAAUCAGCAUCCACAGCCCGCCAUCCUCGGCCAAUCAGCGGGCUGGGAUGCAUUCCCCACCACCACGGAGGGCCCCCGCCAGAGAGUUCAUUGGGACCUAUGAGAGCCUGCCGGCGCGCUCUGUACAGGUUUCAGAGUCUUGUGUGGUUGAGUGUCCUAGCAUCCAGAUAACCACCAUCUCCCCUGAAGAUGAGCUAGCCCCCACUAUAUCCAGUUACUGGGACAUGGGCAGCAGUGGUGGGUGGGACCGAGAGCGCCUCUACCUCCCCCUGCUGGACCCCUUUACUUACCGCGACAGAUGCCCUGGCUCCCUCAGCGCCAGCCCUGGCUCCAGCCCGUCCUCCCGCGGCUGGCUCAGCCCCGCCUCCAGCUGUGACUCGCUGCUGGUGGAGGAGGAAGAGCUGAACGAGGCCACCAUCAAUUUUGGGCUCUCGCCGUCCUCGAGGCCCACUUCCCCUGGAGGUAAAAAGCGUAGAAACUCCCCCCUUGUCUCCCCCUGUACUUCACGCAGGGGUAGUUACUCAGAAGAACUUCAGGGAUGCAACCUGGAGGGUGGAGACUCCACCCCUCAGUCACAUGCUCCACCCAGCAGCUGUGAGCUCAGCAUCCCACAGAAAACCAGGAAGACAUCAUUGGAACAGUUGUCUCCCAGAGAGGUGGAUCAGGAGCAGGCUCCAGGCCACAGCUCCCCCUGCCCGCUGCCAGAGACGCAGCAGGCCAGGAGAGAGCCCCCUUCGCUGGGCAUGGACUACCUCUCUGUGCCCCCUGCUCUAGCCUGGGGCCGGACCCGGGCCAGCGCCCACAGCCCUCUGUUCAGGUCUAAUGCCCUGCCGCCACUCGACUGGCCGCUGCCGUCCCAGUUUGACCAGUACGAGCUGCGCAUUGAGGUGCAGCCCCGCCCACACCACCGAGCCCACUAUGAGACAGAGGGGAGCAGAGGAGCCGUCAAGGCCACACCAACAGGACAUCCUAUUGUCAAGCUGUGUGGAUACACAGAGAGGAAGCCGCUCUCCCUUCAGGUUUUCGUUGGAACAGCUGAUGACCGAUCAAUCAGGCCACAUCCUUUCUAUCAGAUACACAGGGUGACGGGGAAGAUGGUGGGCACUUCUAGUCAUGAGAGCGUCCAGGCGGGGACCAAACUGCUGGACAUCCCCCUCAACCCUGAGAACAACAUGACUGCACUCAUUGACUGUGCUGGGAUUCUGAAGCUGAGGAACUCGGACAUCGAGCUGAGGAAAGGAGAAACAGACGUUGGAAGGAAGAACACACGUGUCCGUUUGGUGUUUCGUACCCACCUCCAUCUACCGCCCCCUGGAGCCCCGCCUGGCCGAGUCCUGGCUCUGCAGGUUGCCUCCCUGGCCAUUGAAUGCUCCCAGCGUUCGGCCCAGGAGCUGCCCGUCAUCGAGUCAGUCAGUCUUACCUCGUGCUCUGUGGAGGGAGGAGAGGAGCUUCUGCUGAGCGGCUCAAACUUCCUGCCCAUCUCGAGAGUCAUCUUCAUGGAGAGAGGGACAGAUGGUAAACUGCAGUGGGAGGAGGAGGCUCAUGUUGACCGUGACAACAGCAAUGAGUGUUUGUUGUGUGUGAGGGUCCCCGCCUACAGCGACCUGUCCGUCAGUCGGCCCAUGUCGGUUAGUCUUUACGUCUCCAACGGGAAGAGGAAAAGAAGCAGCACUCACUGCUUCAAGUAUCUCCCCGUUAUGUUCAAAGAGGAGGACCCGCUGCUGUCCCGGCCCUCUGUGCUGCCUCUGGAUGGGACGAAUGUGGGUCCUGUAAGGGGUCAACCCAGGAUGGACAGGGGCUUCCACGUGAGAGGCAUCCCCAUGGCUGACGACCAAGGCCUGGGCUUCCACCUCCCCCCCUACCCCUCCACCUACUCCCCUCCCUGCCCCAAUAUGAGUUACCAUGAGGAGUACUGCUCCAAAGCCGACGCUGCGGUGGAGGAGCCCGGCGGGUCCAGGGCAGCCCUGUCCGAGCGUCACCCCAGCUUCGAGAACCUGGAGCUGGGCUUCACGGAGCUUCUUCCUCCCUUAUACCCCCGCGGCCCGCAGCCUCCCUCCCCCUCCCCUUCCCCGUGGUUGGACUCACCCUACCUUUCCUCCUCGCCCUCUCCCUCCCACUCCUCCUCUCUCAGCCCGUUUCCUGCCGGCAGUCCCAUCUCCACCUCCCCUCUGCCUCCCAUCCCCACCUCCCCUUACCCCCAGUACUCGGCUUAUCCUCAGGAAGUGUGUCCCUCGCCUCCCUCCAACCCCAGCCAAUAUCAGGACAUCUGCCCGGCACCCUACUCCCAUUACGAGGGCUGGGACCCCCAGGGAAGGGUGCUGGGGAUGGAACAUGGGGAAGAGAGGGAUGUCAAGAUCCAGGAGUGCCCCCUGGAGUUUACCAGCUCUUCUAUGCACCACAUUACAUUUGAAGAAGUGACAGAGUUCAUCGGGGAGGACAUCCAGUCGUACCAGACAGGCUCACACGUGGACAACCAGCCAAACUGAGCUCAGAGCAUGCUCAGAGAGUGUUUGAUAUUCAGCAUCAUAUUCACCAUUAUGCACUUGGUAUAAAGAUGCAUCACUCCAGUAACGUGAUAAUGACAGGGGGAUUUCAUUACCAUGACACUGUUGUAAUUAUGACCACAGGUAACGGUUUUACGUGGUUUUAUAAAGGGAAACUAAUGUUUUUAACAUGUUUUCGAUAUAAAUUAUACAAGAAAGUGCUUGGGGUUUGGUGUGUCUCAUGUGUUUUUGUGUGUGCAAACAAACUGUAUGAACAUGUAUACAAGGUAAAUCCAGAAUAGAGGGACUGAAGGAAACAGUCUUAGUCACUAUGGAAAACUAAAUUGAAGAUAUUAUGCAAGAUGCGGUAUUCUCUACAAUCCUAUGCCAAUCCUACAAAACUAGGCCUUUUCAAUUAUUUCUUUUUUCUUAAAAGUGUCUUAAGAUUGCACCAGCAGAAACCUUAAUCCAUCCUGCAGUAAUAACACCAUUGUCUGCUCAGUUCCUGAAUGUGAUGGGAAUCUUCUGAUUAAUGGAAACAGGAUUUAGGAUCCUGUGUUGCCAAAUAGUGUCAAUUGUUUCCAAAUUUUCUUUCUGCAAUGCCAGAUUUUCUUGUAAUUUCAUGAAAUUACUUAUUAGCAGAGAAAAGAACUACAAGACUUUUGUGACGCAUCAACUUAACACAAUCAUGCAUGUUAUCUCAGUAGAUGUUGAGCCUGUGGCUGGUGUAAAGGUAAAGUGUUGAGACAAAAGGUACUUUGACCUCAUGAAAGGAUGAUGUGGCCAAGCUGUGCCUGUUAAAGCUGUUUGAAAGCUUCGCAUGAUAAAUAGUUUUUGAGAUCCUUUAAAAGCCGAGCAGGUUUCUCUUGAAGAACAGUGCCACCUGUGGGGACUCAGGACCAGGAACGCCUCGACAGUCCUAAAUCAGCAACUGUUUGAGAUAUCACUCACUCUGCUGUAAAACUUCACACGUCUUAAUUUCUGCUGUGUGUACUUUUUCCACUAAAAGGAGUGUGGCUACAAGAAAGGUAGACAAGUGUUUCAUUAUUGCAAAACAGCAAGGGCAAUAAAAAUACACCAACCUAACAAAAAGA